GCCAUGGGCCUCGGCGCGGCGCGGCGCGGCGCUGCACGUGUGCGAGCCCGGCGGCGGGCGAAUCCAUCCCGGGCUCCUCCGUCCGAGGCCUGGACGGCAUUGCCUAUCCUGCGCUGCUCUCGCAGCUGGCGCUGCCGAGUGGUUUUCGCCGCCGCCGCGCCUUUGCGCCCCAACCGGCGAUUCUGCUCCCUCGCUGCUCGGUUCGAGCCGCGCCCGCGUUCCCAGGCUCCCGGUUCUCAUAAAUGUUUUCUUGGGGUCUUAAAGAUGGAGACCACAGAAGUAACUGGUGUGUCACUGAAGCGUGGGUCCCUUGCCGUGGAAGAUAAUGAGAGUCUCACCGCAGCAGAGGAGGUAAAAAGACAGAAGGUCUCAGAAUGCUGUCCAAGCAGAGGUCCAGAUGGGCUAGAGAGUGACGCCCUACCGAGCAGGGAAAAUGUCCCUGGGCAGCCUGAAGCUGUAAGUGUCGGAGAAGGUAAAAACAAUUCUGACGCACAGUUAGAAGAAGAGGACGGGGAGGAGGAAGAUGGCCUUUCCGGGGAGGGCGAGGAGGAGGAGGAAGUGGAGAGUUUUGCAGACAUGAUGAAGCAUGGACUCACCGAACUUGAUGUGGGCAUCACCAAGUUUGUAAGUUCUCAUCAAGGAUUCUCAGGAAUCUUAAAAGAGAGAUACUCUGACUUUGUGGUUCACGAAAUAGGAAAAGAUGGACGAAUUAGCCAUUUGGAUGACUUGUCUGUUCCGGUGGAUGAGGAGGUAGAUCCUUCAGAAGAUACAGUGACGGUUUUGACAGCUGAAGAAAAGCAGCGUUUGGAAGAGCUCCAGCUUUUUAAAAAUAAGGAAACAAGUGUUGCCAUUGAGGUUAUUGAAGACACCAAAGAGAAAAGAACCGUCAUCCAUCAAGCUAUUAAAUCUCUAUUUCCAGGAUUAGAGACAAAAACAGAGGACAGAGAGGGGAAGAAAUAUAUUGUAGCCUACCACGCAGCUGGAAAAAAGGCUUUGGCAAAGGUCAGAACUGCAACAGAUCCAAGAAAACAUUCUUGGCCAAAAUCUAGGGGAAGUUACUGCCACUUUGUACUAUACAAGGAAAACAAAGACACCAUGGAUGCCAUUAAUGUACUAUCCAAAUAUUUAAGAGUCAAGCCAAACAUAUUCUCCUACAUGGGAACCAAAGAUAAAAGGGCUAUAACAGUUCAAGAGAUUGCUGUUCUCAAGAUAACUGCACAAAGACUUGCCCACUUGAACAAGUGUUUGAUGAACUUUAAGCUAGGCAAUUUCAGCUACCAGAAAAACCCUCUGAAACUGGGAGAGCUUCAAGGAAAUCACUUCACUGUGGUCCUCAGAAAUAUAACAGGAACUGAUGACCAAGUACAACAAGCCAUGAAUUCUCUCAGACAGAUUGGAUUUAUCAAUUACUAUGGAAUGCAAAGGUUUGGAACUACAGCAGUACCUACAUACCAAGUUGGAAGAGCUAUAUUACAAAAUUCCUGGACUGAAGUCAUGGACUUAAUAUUAAAACCCCGUUCUGGAGCCGAAAAGGGGUACUUGGUUAAAUGCAGGGAAGAAUGGUCUAAGACCAAAGACCCAGCCACUGCCCUCAGAAAACUACCUGUCAAAAGGUGUGUGGAAGGGCAGCUGCUUCGAGGACUUUCAAAAUAUGGAAUGAAGAAUAUAGUCUCUGCAUUUGGCAUAAUACCAAGAAAUAAUCGCUUGAUGUAUAUUCAUAGCUAUCAAAGUUAUGUAUGGAAUAACAUGGUGAGCAAGAGAAUAGAAGAGUACGGACUGAAACCUGUUCCAGGGGACCUUGUUCUCAAAGGAGCCACUGCCACCCAUAUUGAGGAAGAAGAUAUUCAUAAUUACUCCAUCCAUGAUGUGGUAAUGCCCUUGCCUGGUUUCGAUGUCAUCUACCCAAAGCAUAAAAUUAGUGAAUCCUACAGGGAAAUGCUCACAGCAGACAAUCUUGACAUUGACAACAUGAGACACAAAAUUCGAGAUUAUUCCUUAUCAGGGGCCUACAGAAAGAUCAUUAUUCGUCCUCAGAAUGUCAGCUGGGAAGUCGUUGAAUAUGAUGAUCCUAAAAUUCCACUUUUCAACACAGAUGUGGACAACCUAGAAGGGAAACCACCACCAGUUUUUGCUUCUGAAGGCAAAUACCGGGCUCUGAAGAUGGAUUUUUCUCUUCCUCCUUCUACCUAUGCUACCAUGGCCAUUCGAGAAGUACUAAAAAUGGACACCAGCAUCAAGAACCAGUCCCAGCUGAACACAACCUGGCUCCGCUAAGUACCUUGUCCACAGAUGAGAAAAUGCAGACUAGUGUUUGCUUACUGGCUUCCUGUUAAUUUUUCUCUUAGAACCUACCCAUAUGUGGAUUUUGAAUCUUUAUAGUCAAAGAUUAUUUGUAUUUUUUCAAGUUUUUAUUAGCAUAAAUCAGUAAUUUGCAAUUUUUAUACACAUACACAAGUCCUGAGGACUCCUCACUCUAGUUCAGAGAAUAUAAAAUUGGUCAAAAUAUAUUUUAGGUGCUUAACAUAGUAAAAUGUCAGCUUUACUGCCUUUGUCGUAAUGAAAAAGGAUUUUGGUUUAAAGUAGCAGUUUUAGGUGUUUGAUACAUUCUUGAAAGACAAUAGGAAUUUUUAACAGGUCUAUGGAGUACACGACAGUGCAUUUGAGACACAGAUGCAAAAAAACAAAUCUUGACUGGAUACAUAAUUUGAGAGCCCCUGCAUAUAAAAAUAAAUACAGCAUUCAUGCUUAUACAAAUGAUAAUAAAAUACCUACAGGUUUAUAAACACAGGAAGGAUUGUGAUUAUCCAGAGCACAUACAAGGUUCUGGUAAGUGUUUAGAGAUGUUUUAGUUGUAAGAGCUUUUACAUUUACAUCAUCAUUGCCUUGCCAGGAGCAUUGCAUGAACAGGACUUUUUUCUUGAUGUAAACAUGUGCCACUAUUUUAAUUAAUUAAGUCUAAUUUUUACUCUAGGUGCCUUUUAUUAUGUUCGGGACUCUUUCCACUGGACUCAUAUUUGUCCAAAAGAAAAAAAAACCUUAAAAAUUUAUGAGGACUCCUGUCAGCUUUGUCACCAACAGCUUUGGGAUUUCCAUUUCUGGCAUUGCAUACAACUCUGAUGUGAAAGGAUGAAUGCACCUUUCUAAAGUUAUGUGACGUAAUUAUAUCAGUUUUUAUUUUCUGUCAUUUCUAGGACCAGAUAUAAUAAAUAUUUUUAAAAAUUCC